AUGACUUCACCUUCCAUUAUCCCAAUCAUUACUCGCCAGCUCACAGCCACUCGUAGCUUCCUGACUUCGCCUAUUGUUGAGAUUAUUGUCGGGAAAGGCGACGAUGAGACUGUUAUGACAGCUCAUCAAUCCCUCCUGAUGGAGGCACCACUACUAGCCAAGUUUGUUGCAAAGUUUGAAGCGUCAGACCCGCGACGCAUCACCCUACCGGAAGAGAACGUCGAUGCAUUCAGUUGCUUCCUCCAGUUCCAGUAUACGCAUGAUUACACUGUCGUUCAAACGGAAACACCCGCGGAAACAACCGAAGACACAAGCGGCGACGAGUUGCUGCGCCAUGCGCGCAUCUACACGCUGGCAGAGAAGCUGGGCCUGUCAAACCUCCAGCGCAUUGCCCAUGCCAAGAUACAUAAGGUCAAGAGCUCACCUCACGCAGAGCUUUCAUAUGCCCGUUACGUAUACACCCAUACACUAACAACGGACACUACCAUCCGGAAGCCUGUGGCAACUUACUGGGCGAACCAAAGUCACGUGCUGCGCCAGGAGGUCGGGGAUGACUUUAAGAAGCUGUGCAUUGAAGUCCCAGAGUUUUCUUUUGACGUUUUGACUAUCAUUCUGGAUCGCAAGCUGAAGAGCGGAUCAGCGGACGAGAUUAAGGGAAGUGCGCGCAAGCAUAGAAGAGACAUCUAG